AAAAAAAAGAAACAUAAAAAAGAAAGCUUGUGUUCGAGAGCAGGUGCCAAUGUCCUAAUCCAGAAGAAUUGAUAGGACGGCCCUUUGCGCGUAGGGUUUCUCGCGCCAAGAAAUUUUCCGUCAUCGCAUCAUAACACAAAAAAGUCAUUCACCAACUUCAUCACUACCACUUAUUGUUAUUACCAUUGGAAAACAUUCUCAAAUUCUCCACUAUUUCAUCAUCAACACCAACAUGGUCUAUUUGUAUUGAUCUAAUAACAUUUUUUUUUGGUUGCUUUCCUCAGAUCCUUAUCAUCACAUGCAGAAAACAGAAACCACCUUUUAUUAAAUCUUCCCUUGAAGCUUUUCGUUUGUAUUUUUGUUGGAUUUCAAUCAAUCAUGUGCCUAAGAUCUGUUUUAGGAUGUUAUUAAAAUUGAUCUUUUGCAAUUGUUGUUAUUAUGAUUAUUAUUAUUCUUUAUUGAAUACCAUCCAAUUUAGUGACAAAUUGGACAUUUCAGAGAAGGGGGAGAAAUUGUUUUUUGCUUUGAUUUAUUAUGUGUGACCCCAGAAUUGUGAAAAUUAUUACAUAUUUGGUGGGUAUUGUAUCAAUAAGCCAGUGAUAGCGAUAAUCUGCAAAGGAAUACAACUGGGUUGGCAAUUGUAUAAUGAAAAAUGGUGUUGAUGAAGGCAAUGUAAACCUUCAUGCUUGUUGGAUUUAGGCCUUGGCGUAAUAUAAAGCACGUGAAGCCCUUUGGAAUGACAAUUCAACAAUAUAUGGGUAUCAUAAAGGUUAUCUUUUGCAUCAUUUUGACUUUUAAUAUUAUGACAGUAGUCAGCAUUGAAGAGAAGCAAACUCAAGAAAAAUUCAUUAGCCAACUAUUUGAUCCAACAUCUGAACUAUUAACUGAGGACACGGCAAAGGUACUAUGGAUCACUUGUUGGGAAGAUUUGAUACAUUUAAAGAAAGAAGUUGGAGGUCUUGAUUUAUGUCUCCCAAAUGAAUCAUAUAGAAGCACCCAUGAAGUUGGCUCAAUAGCUAGAGAAAACAUCCAAAAAUUGAUUAAUACCUGUUAUCCUCAGUUAAAGGAAAAUGUUCUUCAUUGUUUGAGAAGAAAUAAUUUUCAAUUCAAUGUUCCUAAGGAAGAAGAUGACUCCAAGAUUUGGCAUGCCACUUACAUGGGAUCACUUUCUCCUAGAAGAUAUUUGGGUGCUAAGGAUAAACAACAAUCUUCUGGUUCUGAGGAAACAUCUGGUGCUCCUAUGGGUAUAAUUAUACCGGUUGCAGUUUUAGGUGUAGUAGUGAUCAUCUUUUGUUGUUAUCGAUUAUGUGGGAGUGGUCAAGUUAGUCAAAAUGAUGAAAGACCCCUUCUCAGCAUGAGCAUGAGUGACUAUUCAGUUGGUUCUUCCAAUAACUUGUACAAAAAUUCAAUGAAAGAGGAGAAAUUUGAGUUUCAAUUAUCAAGUAAUGCAUUGGUUGAUGACAAGAACUCAGUGCCAGAAGUUCAGUCAGCAAGAGUUUCUAGUGCUGCUGCAAGACCAUCAUUUGACUUGAAACCUCCUCCUGGUAGAGUGGCAAAUGGAGUGCUUCCUUUGAAACCACCUCCUGGAAGGCCUGAUCUUCUUCCACCUGAGCCACUUUCUAUUAAGUCUUGUGAUGAUUCUGUUGUUCCUCCUCCUCCUCCUCCUCCACCACCACCAACGCCACCACCACCACCACCACCAAAGCCUCAAAGUGGUGGUCCUCCACCUCCUCCACCUCCUAGUCGUGGUCCUCCACCUCCUCCACCUCCUAGUCGUGGUGGCCCUCGACCUCCUCCACCUCCUGGAAAUGGCCCUAGACCUCCUCCUCCUCCUCCACUUAAAGGCAAGCCCGGUGGUCCUCGGCCUCCACCACCUCCCAGAGCUGGUGGAGCUCCUUCAAAAGCUCUUCCCCCAUUUGGUCCAAAGGCUCCUAAGACUCAAGGGGAAGUUGGACCCACUUUUGAAGCUGAAUCUUAUCCUCCUAAAACUAAGCUAAAGCCUUUCUUCUGGGAUAAGGUUCAAGCUAACUCAGAUCAAACAAUGGUCUGGAAUCAACUCAAAGCAGGAUCAUUCCAGUUUAAUGAAGAAAUGAUGGAGACACUUUUUGGCUAUACUGCUACAACUAAUGAUAAAGGCAAAGGCCAACUAAAAAAAGAUGUUGCCACCCAAGCAGCUGCACCUCAAUAUAUACAGAUCAUUGACUCUAAGAAAUCACAAAACUUAUCUAUUCUAUUAAAAGCACUAAAUGUGACGACAGAAGAAGUUUGUGAUGCACUUCUUGAAGGAAAUGAGCUCCCCACAGAAUUCAUUCAAUCCAUAUUGAAGAUGGCACCAACGUCAGAGGAAGAACUUAAGCUUAGACUUUUCACUGGUAAUCUAGCCCAACUUGGUCCAGCAGAUAGGUUCCUAAAGGCCUUAGUUGACAUUCCAUUUGCUUUCAAACGAAUGGAAUCACUACUUUACAUGGGUACUCUUCAUGAAGAACUCACUACUGCUCGAGAUUCUUUUGCAAUUUUAGAGGUUGCUUGCAAAAAGUUAAGAAGCAGUCGAUUGUUCCUCAAACUUCUUGAAGCUGUUCUUAAAACUGGCAAUCGUAUGAAUGAUGGGACAUUUCGUGGUGGUGCACAAGCAUUCAAACUUGAUACAUUGCUGAAAUUAUCCGAUGUCAAAGGAGUGGACGGCAAGACUACUCUCUUACACUUUGUGGUUCAAGAAAUCAUGCGCACUGAGGGCAUAAGAGCUGCACGCACGGCAAAAGAAAGUCUUAGUUUUUCUAGUGUGAAAACAGAAGACCUUCUUGAGGACGUUUCUAUUGAAUCAGAAGACCAAUAUCGUGAACUUGGUCUUCAAGUGCUUUCACGUUUAAGCAGUGAACUUGAGAAUGUGAAGAAAGCAGCAGCAAUAGAUGCUGAUGCCUUAAUAGGAACAACUUCUAGACUAGGCCAUGGUCUCGUAAAAACAAAAGACUUCAUAAACAAAGACCUAAGCAACGUACAAGAUGAUAAAGGUUUUAAUGAGACAGUGAAGAGUUUUGUGGAGAAAGCUGAGGGUGAUGUCACAAGUUUGCUAGAAGAAGAGAAGAAAAUCAUGGCUUUAGUGAAGAGCACUGGUGAUUACUUUCAUGGAGAUUCGGGGAAGGAUGAAGGGUUGAGAUUGUUUGUAAUAGUACGUGAUUUCUUAAUAAUGUUGGAUAAGGUAUGCAGGGAGAUAAAAAUUCCACCACCAAAGAAACCAGUGGUAAAAAAUGUGAAACAAGAAACUUCUAAUAAUAAUUCUAAACGUUCUUCUUCAUCUGAAUCUCAUCUGCCUCCUCCUCCUGAUAUUCGUCAAAGAAUUUUUCCAGCAGUCGUAAAUAGGAGAACAGAUGACUUUAGUUCAGAUGAUGAGAGUCCUUAGGUUUAAGUUGGAAGUGGUACUUGUAACUAUUCUUUGACCAUGCCUUUUCGAGCAUGUCCUUGUAUAGCAUUGUUGUAUUGUAGUCACAACUUGCUUAUACUUGUCAAAUUUUGAAGGAAAUUACUAUUGUCUUAUUAAUCAUUGAUCAUGCAAUUGUUAAGUCUC